AUGACUUCAUCAGAGGAGAUUGAUAAUAUCACGCACGAACUGUCCAAUCUUGACUUUCACCAUCCAUUCACGCCGUACACAGUUCAGAACCAGUUUAUGCGAACAGUGUAUCAGAUUCUGCAGACUGGACAAGGACAAGUUGGAAUUCUGGAAAGCCCAACUGGUACUGGUAAAUCUCUCUCAUUAAUAUGCGCAUCUUUAACAUGGCUUCGAAACUAUAAAGCUACUGAGCAGGAGGUGGCCUUGAAAGAAGCAGGAGAGGCAUACAAAGACGAACCAUCAUGGGUUGUUGAGCAACUCCUGUCUCGCAAAAGAGGAGAGCUGUUGAGGCAAUGGGAAGAUAGGGAAAAGCGACUUGCAUCCUUUAGACUUAAAGAAAAAGCUCAGGAGGAAAGGAGCCGAAAACGACGUCGAGUGGAAGAUACUCGUGCGACGAUAGAAACUACAGUUGAUGAGGAUGCCGAAUGGUUGUUGGAUACUGACGACCACGAUGUUCGUCAAGAGGAUGCUCUAUCUGGACUGAGUAAAGAAUCACGGGAAAUUCUUGAAAAGAUUGGAUUGGGGAACCGCAUUAAACAAGCGGACAGCGACGAAGGGAUCAUCGAAGAGAAAAUCAAGAUCUAUUAUACAUCCAGAACCCAUUCCCAGUUAUCACAGUUCAUUACAGAACUACGCCGUCCCAUAUUUCCAUCCUCCCUACCCGCUUCAGUUGCCAAAGGAUCAGAUGCUCCCUCAGCGGAGCCCGUGAAGCUGCUGCCACUAUCAUCACGUCAAAAACUUUGUAUCAAUCCCUCGGUUGCUCGCCUUGGGUCUGUCCAAGCCAUCAAUGAUCGCUGCACGGAACUCCAACAAGCGAAAUCCAGUACUAAAUGCUCAUUUGUACCCAAAGAAGAACUUCUUAGCCAAACUCACCAGUUUCGUGACUCCACCUUGGCGACACUCCCAGAUAUCGAAGAUCUUCAUCAACUAGGCAAGUCUUUGUCAGUAUGUCCUUAUUACGCCUCACGGGGCGCCUUACCUGGAGCAGAAAUCAUCACGCUUCCGUACCCGCUUCUAUUGCAACAGAGUGCCCGCGAGGCACUGGGCAUUAAGCUCGAAGGUAAUGUCGUCAUAAUAGACGAAGCGCAUAAUAUUCUUGAUGCGAUCUCGAACGUGCAUGCCGCGGAGCUGCAGUUGAGCGAUCUUCGCAGAGGGCGCCAGAUGCUUGGAGUGUAUGUCAAACGAUUUGGCAAGAAGCUGAAGGGCAUAAAUCGAGUAAACGUUGGCAGAGUCGGAAGGGUGAUUGAAGGCCUUACUGAGUGGCUAGAAGGAGCUUUAAAGCUCAAGGAUGAACAGGGUAUUGUCGAUCCAAACGAUUUAACAAGACACAAAGGCAUCGAUCAGAUCAAUGUUUAUGAGCUAAUUCAGUACAUACAAGAGUCAAAACUUGCAUACAAGAUCGAGAGCUACGUCGCUCACGUAGAGAACGACGAGGAGAGCAAAAAGUCAGGGCCCUUGAAGGCUGGAUCUCCAGUCUUACAUGCGCUCGUCUCUUUCCUCAUUGCUCUCACCAACCUUAGCUCUGAGGGCCGUAUUUUUUACCAAAAGACUCACGGAGCGGCGGCAGAUGUGAAGCUAUCAUAUCUUCUUCUCUCGCCCACACACGCCUUCUCGUCAAUUGUCUCAAGCGCUAGAGCUGUAAUUCUGGCCGGCGGGACUAUGUCCCCAUUCCAAGACUACAAAGAUCAAUUAUUCCCCACUCUCGAUUCUACAAAGGUAACGUCACUGAGUUGUGGGCAUGUGAUCCCACGAGAGAAUCUUUGUGUGUGGACACUGGCUUCAAGUCAUCCUGGGUCGCCGCCUUUCGAGUUUAGUUUCAAACAACGGAGCAAUCGAGAUAUGAUGAACCAGCUGGGCCUAUCAAUCUUGAAUGUUUGCAACAUUGUGCCGGAUGGUGUGGUCGUUUUCUUCCCCAGUUACAGGUACCUUGACGAAAUAAUAAAGGUCUGGCAGCAGCCCCAGAAGGGCAAUUCCCAUUCGAUAUGGGAUCGGCUACAACUUCGAAAAAUGGUGUUCAGAGACACGAAAGGCGAAAGCAGCGACGAUGUGUUGAGAGACUACUCGCAAAUGAUCUUGGGAACCAAGGCAGCCGGGGACACCCGCACGGGAGCCUUGCUGCUGAGUGUAGUUGGCGGCAAGAUGUCUGAAGGAAUCAAUUUUUCAGAUCGCUUGGGGCGCUGCGUGAUGGUUAUUGGACUGCCCUAUCCGAAUAUUGCAUCGCCGGACUGGAAGGCAAAGAUUGAGUAUAUUGAGUCCACCACGGAAGAACGACUUACCAAAGAAGGGCAAAGUAAGAGCGAAGCGACGGCACAAGCGAAGCAGGCCGCCCGAGACUUUUACGAAAAUGCCUGCAUGAGAGCCGUUAACCAAAGCAUUGGUCGGGCUAUCCGACACCGUGGGGAUUAUGCCGCGAUCAUCUUGGUCGAUCGAAGGUACGGUACGGACCGUAUUCGAGGCAAGCUGCCAGGAUGGAUACGUGACGGCCUCGAAAAGGAUAGUCAUGAGAAGGGGAUUAGUGCGCUAAUGGGGGCGCUGGGAGGUUUCUUUCGCAAGAAGUCGCAAGAGAUUGCAAGCAGAUAG